CUCGGCGCCAGUGCGCGGACGUUAGGGCGCUGCUAGGGGUGCCCGCCUUGCUUUCUGGUAGAGGCGUGGAGUCGGUGGCCGGGGCGUCGGGGCUGCGAUGAACGGCGCUCUCGGGGGCGGCGGGGGAGCCGAGCCGGAGCCAUGGCCGUUAUGUUUUGCAAGCCAUGAAGCAUAUGGAGCCUCAAGUCAAACAAGUUUUUCAAAGUCUACCAAAAUCUGCCUUCAGUGGUGGCUACUAUAGAGGCGGGUUUGAAACCAAAAUGACAAAACGGGAAGCAGCGUUAAUAUUAGGUGUAAGCCCGACUGCCAAUAAAGGAAAAAUAAGAGAUGCUCAUCGACGAAUUAUGCUUUUAAAUCAUCCAGACAAGGGAGGAUCUCCUUAUAUAGCAGCCAAAAUCAAUGAAGCUAAAGAUUUACUAGAAGGUCAAGCUAAAAAAUGAAAUAAAUAUAUGAGAAUUUUAAGUUCUUAUUAAUUAUGUAUGUGACUAUCAGCUUUUUAUAAUAAAAUGUCCCAAAGUUACAAAUUUUAAAAAUGAUUUAGCACAAACUAAGUCAAUAGGCUGGUGUAACAUUCUCAUUUAAAUUUGAGGAUUUUAAAUCAGAUUGUAGAAUAUUUGGAUAUUAAUGCUCUAUGGAUAAAUACAUACCAUUUGAACAGAAAUAUUAUUCAUUACUCAUCUAGUAAAUAAUUUGUUAACUUCAAGUCAAAGUGAACAUGAAAGUUCCUGCUCUUAAGGAACCCCAAUCUAAUGAGACUGAUAAAGUGGUCAUUAAAAUACAAUGUGAUAAGUAUUAUGAUGUAAUUAGUACACAUUGUUAUAUAGUAGACUGACCUUAUUGGGAGGAAAGACUGUCAAGGUACGGAGAGUUGGCUCAGCUGCUUGGAACUGUGAAUUUAAAAGUGAGUUUAGCCACAACUUUGACCUAAAAAAUUAAUGUUGGUAUGCAUAUAUCACUGGCAAUUCAAAUUUCAUACAUUAAAAAUUUGAUUGCCCUGGCCAGUUUCGCUCAGCGGUUAGAGCGUC